GAUCCUGCUGGAGCCAAGGAACAGAGCAGGGCCUCGGGGCAUAGAGCCCCGGACCCAGGGUUCCAGCACAGGGGGCAGAGUCCAGCUUAGCCCAUAAACAGAACUGAUAGAACAGGACUCAGGGAGAGGGCAAGGAUUGGGGCCCAGAGCAUUGGAACUGGGACCAGGAGAGGAAGUCUGUGCUUGGAGGAGAUCCCCGUCUCACCACCAUGGCAUUCCUGGUGGCUGGGACCCUGCGGGUGGCCUCACAGAUGGCAGAUACUUGGGAGAGCUUGGGAAGAAAGGGCAAGUACAGCAUGCAGGGUCCAAGGGUAGCCCUGCUGCUCAGCAGCCCUGAAGUAUCGGCCUCUACAGUCACCGUCCUGGAGGGUGUGUUCCGGACCCUGGGCUUUGACAGCUGCCAGAGGAGGGAGGCCUCAGUCCAGGGCUUCCAGUGGGAGCUGGUGAGGUUCCGGGAGCAGCUGGAUGCCCAUGGGGGCCCUGUGGGCUGUGCUUUUGUGGCCUUGGUGGCCCCCAGCCAGCAGCUGAGACAGCCACAGCAGUUAGUCCAGGAGCUGAGCCGCUGUGGGGCCCUGUAUGGCUGCCCCAAAGUCUUCCUGCUGCUCUCCAGCUCUCCUGGGGCUGCCUCCAAGCCCAGAGCCUUCCUCACCAGCCUGGGUGAGCUCUGUGGCCACUGUCCUCACUGGUCCCUGCUGCAGCUGCUGACAGAGGUGAAGUUUCCAGAAAGGGAGUCCCAGGGAGGGGGGCUGCACCGGUCACUUCCCCUGGCUCCACUGUGUGGUCCUGAACCCGUUGCUCCCCACCCAUUCACUCCAUGA